AUGGAAGAUACUAAAAACUUAAAUAUUUCAAAAUUAGGCACUAAGCAGUAUUGGGAUGAAUUUUACUCAUUAGAGAGAAAUAAUUUUAGUAAGAAUUCAAAUGACACAGGCGAGUGUUGGUUUAAUGACAAUGAUGCAGAAGAAAGAAUGAUUGAAUUUUUAGAGGAUAACUUAGGGAUGUAUUUAAUAUCGAAAAAAUCAUCAAUGCUAGAUUUGGGUACUGGUAAUGGUCAUUUAUUAUUUGAAUUAAUAGAAAACGGAUUUGAUGAAGGUAAAUUAUUAGGCAUUGACUACUCUGAGGAAAGUGUUAAAUUCGCAAAAGAAAUCUCUAACUCCAAAGAAUAUUCGAAGGAAUUAAUUGAUUUCAAACAAGCUGAUAUUUUCCAAGAGAAUUGGCUUCCAGACAAAUUUGAUAUAGUUUUAGACAAAGGUACCCUUGAUGCAAUUGCCUUGAGUGGUAUUAAAGUCGGCCCAAAUAAAGAUCAAAAUGUAGUAAAUAUUUAUAACAAAGUCAUUGAAAAAUUAUUACCAAAGGAUGGUGUAUUUUUAAUCACGUCAUGUAAUUUUACAGAAGAUGAAUUAAUUGAGAUCAUUGAAAAGAACUCUACUUUAAAAUGUUGGGAAACUGUGCCAUAUCCUGUUUUUGAAUUUGGAGGUGUUAAGGGGACUACAAUUUGUACUGUUGCAUUCGUUAAGCAAUAG